AUGGAGGUGGUGUGGAUCAGUCAACUGACCAGGGCCAAUUAUGUCACCACCCACUUGUACAAUGGCCAGGAGAGCCAUAUACCGUAUAAGAAGGGCGAGAUAAGCGAGUUUGACAACCACACGUUUAUGGAUACCACCCCGUUAGCGUCGUCGGUGACUUACUCGCCGCGAGCAAUGCUAGUGGACUUUCGGGACAACUGGGGGCUGUUGAACAAGUUUGAGUACUUUGACAGAGGCGACGGCAGCGAUGUGGUGGCGGUGGGAUCAACUCCCGACCAUUUCCGACGCCAUUUCCCCGAGAAACACCCGUACCAAGUAUCGCUUGAUCAGGGCACUACCACCGAAGGCAAGCUUAAUCUGGGCAAUGUGAAAUAUUGGCUGGACUUCAAUAAGCUUAUUUAUAACCCUCGCCAGUUGAUAUCUGUCCCCGAUUACGUGAGUGACCCGGAACGGCCCGGAAGAGGUAUCCACCGUUAUUUCGCCAAAAACCGGUUUGACGCCUACCAUAAGGGAGUGGAGCAAUACCAACAGACUCGUGACGAUGCCGACGACGCGUUCCGCCACAUGCUUGAGCUGUGUGACUCGUUUCAAGGGCUCCAAGUGGCGCUGGAGGUCGAUCUGAGUUGGGGCGGGUUUACGCUGGCCCUAACCACCGAUGUCGUCGACGAAUACUUUAACAAUAAUAAUAAGGUGACGUUGUGGACGUGGGACAUGCUGCUGUCUGAUUUGAGGCUUGAUCCAUUGACUAGAAUACUGAAGAUCAGACUGGCAGUGGAACAUAUUCUGGUCAGUUCGCUUGUGUUUAGAGUCGAACCGCACUGGAAAUUGGAGCAAUUGGGAGCGGCGUUUGACCCGCAAAGUCUCUGGCACUCGUCGGCCAUAGUGCUGGCGUGGAUCAAUGGUAUUUGGGGGGUAAUCAAUAAGCUGCUGCGACCAACGCUGAUGCUGAAUCUAGAGGAUGCCGUGACCAAGGGGACCAAGAGAAACGUCAUUAAUCGCCUAGCGAUGGAUAUACUGAAGGAAACUGAGUCUAAUACUGGUGGUGUUGACCUAAAUGGCUUAUCUUCCAUGCCGAUGGAUGUGGACCUUUCGACGUUUACUGCUGCUCCCGUGGCAGAGAAUAAAGCCACACUGACAACCGUCGAACUAGGGAUCAAUCAGGGUAAGGCGAAGACGGUGUACUCGUCUAAUUAUAUCAAUAAUGAUGUGGAAGGAGCCAAUUGUUAUACUCACCCAAACCUCAAUGAAAUGACGAAAAUUGACUCAUUUCCUCAAGGUGUCUUAUCACUGAUCAAUUGGCUUGAGUUUUCCCUGACGCUGGAGCUUUCCGUAGGUCUAAAACAAGACCGGGUUUUCCUUCAGAGGUCACGUGGGUACCCUGGCAUCGAUCUUGAAGUUGACGAUACCGGUGAGCUUAUCGAACAAUUACUGGCAAUCAUCGACGAAUACAGCGACGGCAAUGACGACAGCGACGACGACUGGGAUGACUAA